GAUGGAAUUUUAUGCAGCAGAAACCUUGUCACCAGAAGAGUUAAUGUCUGCGUUAGCGUUUCUGCAAUAGAAAAAAAAAUCCCAAAGCUAAGUGGUGAAGGCCCACAGACAGCCUCAAACCUGGAUUCUUCAACUCAGCAUUCAACAUUGGAGUUUUUAAAUACUUGCGGUAGAGAAACCAUUGCCAAUGCUUACAAGGAACUGCUUAUCCCUGCUUCUCUGGGUCCUGUUCAGUGGAGGUGUCUUAAUGUCACUUCAUUCACAACCACAACAGAUUUUAAAAGCUGAGUCAAGGGGAAAUGUUGUCACCAACCCUGAAAGGAGGAUACCCACCAUACGGGUCAAGAGAGGCUGGGUCUGGAAUCAGUUCUUUGUGCUUGAAGAAUAUAUGGGCUCCGAACCCCAGUACGUGGGAAAGCUUCAUUCUGACUUGGACAAGGGAGUGGGAAGUGUUAAGUAUACAUUAUCAGGAGAUGGAGCUGGUACAGUAUUUACCAUUGAUGAAACCACAGGGGACAUUCAUGCCAUAAAGAGCCUUGAUCGUGAAGAGAAGCCUUUCUACACCCUACAUGCUCAAGCAGUAGAUAUUGAAACAAGGAAGCCAUUGGAGCCAGAAUCAGAGUUCAUCAUCAAAGUGCAGGACAUUAAUGAUAAUGAACCAAAAUUCCUUGAUGGGCCUUACAUUGCCAGUGUCCCUGAAAUGUCUCCAGUAGGGGCAUAUGUGCUGCAGGUCAAAGCAACAGAUGCUGAUGACCCAACAUAUGGAAACAGUGCUAGAGUGGUUUACAGUAUUCUUCAGGGACAGCCAUAUUUCUCCAUUGAUCCCAAAACAGGUGUUAUAAGAACAGCCUUGCCAAACAUGGACAGAGAAGUUAAAGAACAAUAUCAAGUUCUCAUUCAAGCAAAGGACAUGGGAGGUCAACUUGGGGGACUGGCUGGAACCACCACAGUGAAUAUCACUCUGACUGAUGUCAAUGACAACCCACCAAGAUUUCCAAAGAGUAUCUUCCACUUGAAAGUACCGGAGUCAUCUCUUGUUGGUUCAGCUGUUGGAAGAAUCAGAGCCGUGGAUCCUGACUUUGGGAAAAAUGCUGAAAUUGAAUAUACCAUUGUUCCAGGAGAUGGAGGGAACUUGUUUGAUAUCAGCACAGAUGAGAACACGCAAGAAGGAGUCAUCAAACUGAAAAAGCCAUUGGAUUUUGAAACAAAAAAGGCAUAUACUUUCAAAGUAGAGGCUUCAAAUGUCCAUCUUGACCAUCGCUUUCAUUCUGUGGGUCCAUUCAAGGAUACAGCAACUGUGAAGAUCAAUGUGCUAGAUGUGGAUGAGCCUCCAGUUUUCAGCAAACCUUUUUACACCAUGGAGGUAUAUGAAGAUACUCCAGUUGGGACCAUUAUAGGAGCAGUUACUGCCCAGGACCUGGACAUUGGAAGCAGUGCUGUCAAGUACUUCAUAGACUGGAAGAAUGAUAUGGAUAGCUACUUUACUAUAGAUGGAAUGGAAGGAACUAUUGCCACAAAUGAGUUACUUGAUAGAGAGAAUACUGCACAGUACAAUUUUUCAAUAAUUGCAAGUAAAGUUAGCAAUCCACUCUUGACCAGCAAAGUUAAUGUCAUCAUAAAUGUCCUGGAUGUCAAUGAAUUUCCUCCAGAAAUUGCAGUGCCCUAUGAAUCUUAUGUGUGUGAAAACGCAAGGCUAGGACAGGUAAUUCAGGUUAUUGGUGCAGCAGACAAGGAUCUGUCCCAUGCUGGGCAAAAAUUCUCUUUUCGACUGUCUCCUGAGGUUACUACAAAGCCAAAUUUCACAGUCCAUGAUUUCACAAACAACACAGCUGGAAUUGUAGCUGGCAGAAGUGGUUACAGCCGUCGACAGCAAGAGUUGUAUCUCCUUCCAAUUGUCAUUGAAGAUAGUAGCUACCCCAAACAAAGCAGUACAAACACAAUGACAAUCCGAGUUUGCAGAUGUGACUCUGAUGGCACCAUCCUCUCAUGCAAUGCUGAAGCAAUCUUCUUGCCUGUUGGACUCAGCACAGGAGCCUUGAUUGCAAUCUUGUUGUGCAUUGUUAUACUCUUAGUUAUUGUGGUUCUUUAUGUGGCCUUGAGACGGCAGAAGAAAAAAGACACCCUAAUGACCUCCAAGGAAGAUGUUCGAGACAAUGUUAUUCACUAUGAUGAUGAAGGAGGUGGUGAAGAAGACACUCAGGCUUUUGACAUUGGGGCUUUGAGGAAUCCCAAAGGAAUUGAGGAUAACAAAAUACGCAGAGAUAUCAAGCCAGAUGCUCUCUGCUUGCCUCGCUCAAGACCACCCACAGAGGACAACACAAAUAUUAGAGACUUCAUAAAUCAAAGGCUGAGAGAAAAUGAUGGUGAUCCAUCAGCUCCCCCUUAUGAUUCACUAGCGACUUAUGCUUAUGAAGGAAAUGGAUCUGUAGCUGAAUCUCUUAGCUCUAUAGAUUCUUUUGCAACAGAAGCAGACCAGGAUUAUGACUAUCUGAGUGACUGGGGACCACGCUUUAAAGUCUUAGCAGAGAUGUUUGGAGAAGAAGAAAGCUAUAAUCCUGAUAAAGUCACUUAGCUGGAGGUGGAGGAGGACAAGGAAGGAAAAAUAAACCCACAACCAGUUUUACACACA